AUUGCCAUCAUCAUCAUCCUUUUUCCCUGCUACCAAAAACUCAAAUUUACCCAUCCCUGUAACCAUGUCCACUUAUUAAUAAAUAAUUUCUAAAAAGCUUUUUUUGUUUUUAUUUUCAUUUAUUACAUAUACACCUAUACAUACACACAACACACAUCCAUACAUCAUACAUAUAGAGAUAGAUACAGGGUUCCUUUAUCAUCUUCCUGACUCCACAGACUGAAAGGAGAAAUUAUGAGAGUGCGUUUUGGCUUUCAGUGAUUUUAUUCAUCUUUUUCUUUAAUUUCUUCUUAUCAUAUUUCAGAUUUGGGAGAGUUAUUAACUUUUUAUACAAAUUCUAUCACAUUUUUCUUUGAAUUUACACAAAACCCAGAUCAAUUUCAAGCACAUAUUUGAUUUGGAAGCCUCUAUUAUGAGGACAGGAUUGAGUACGAUCCAGCAAACCCUGACGCCGGAGGCGUCAACCGUGUUAAACCAGUCAAUAGCGGAAGCCGGGCGGCGAAACCACGGCCAAACGACGCCACUCCAUGUGGCGUCAACCCUCCUGGCCUCACCGACCGGCUUCCUACGCCAAGCGUGUAUACGCUCCCACCCGAAUUCAUCCCACCCACUCCAGUGCCGGGCGCUGGAGCUCUGCUUCAGCGUGGCACUAGAGCGGCUCCCGACCGCCAGCUCAUCGCCAGCAGUCACCGAGCCGCCUAUUUCCAACGCCCUGAUGGCCGCCCUUAAACGGGCGCAAGCACAUCAACGGCGUGGUUGCCCAGAGCAACAACAGCAACCGCUUUUAGCGGUUAAAGUCGAGCUAGAACAGCUUAUUAUUUCCAUACUCGAUGACCCGAGUGUUAGUCGGGUCAUGCGAGAGGCAAGCUUUUCUAGCCCCGCCGUUAAAGCGACUAUCGAACAGUCUAUGAUGAGUAGUAUCAAUGGAAAUGCCCUAAAUCCGUCAAGCCUUGGCAUCGGAUUCCGGCCAUCACCAUCACCCGCACCCGCCCCGGUUUCUCUACCCGGAAACCGGAACUUGUAUAUGAACCCACGGUUACAACAACAACAACAAGGGAGUUUUAUUCAACAACAAGGGAGUUUUAUUCAACAAAAGAAUAUUGAACCUACUGUGUCAUCUCCAAGAAAUCUUUAUCUGAAUCCACGGUUACAACAACAGCAAUAUGGGAAUCCAACUUUGAAUCAAUCAAAUCACCACAACAGGACUGAUGAUGUAAAAAGGGUAAUAGAGAUCAUGACAAAACCCAAAAAAAGGAAUCCAAUUCUAGUGGGGGAAUUGGAACCUGAAGCCAUCCGUAAAGACAUCUUGACACGAAUCGAAAACGGCGAAUUCGUAUCCGAGUUAAACAACGUUGAGGUGAUUUCAAUCGAGCAAGAGUUCGAAUCCGUAUCGGAUAAAUCGGGUAUACCGAUGAAGAUCAAGGAGUUAGGUGAAAGAAUUGGGGGUUUUGAUACUAGUAAACGGGUGAUAAUUGACCUUGCGGAUUUAAAAUGGUUGGUUGAGCAGCAAACUGUAACGGGUGGUUCUUCGAUUGGGCGCGAAUCGGUGGCGGAGAUGACGAAACUCGUGGCGAAAUUCGCCGGAAAAGUUUGUUUGUUAGGAACCGCUACUUGUGAGACUUUUUUAAGGUGUCAAGUUUAUCAUCCGUCUAUGGAAACAGAUUGGGAUUUACAUGCUGUACCUAUUACAUCAAGAUCACCGCCCGCAAACAUGUUUCCGAGGACGGGGACGAAUGGUGUUCUUGGUGGUUCGGUUCAGUCGUUAAACCCGUUAAAUGGUUUCACGACCACAGUGAGUUUGGAUUAUACCCGUAAGGCGAAUUGUUGUCCGGUUUGCUCGAGUGGUUAUGAACAAGAAUUAGCGAAAUUGAAAGAGUCGGAGAAGCAGCCCGAUGAGGUUAAGAACAGUUUACCUCAGUGGCUGCAAAACGCGAAAACGAACGAGCAGUCUCCGAUUAAGGAUAAAGAAAUUGUUUCGAAACAAAAGAUUCAAGAACUCCAGAAGAAAUGGAGCGACGAAUGCUCGCGAAUUCAUCCGAAUUAUAAUCAAGCUCCAAGAUUGGAUAGAGUUGUACCCAUGGUUAUGCCUUUGACCGGAGCGUAUAAGCCGAACAUGCUUCUAAGACAAAGUCAACCCGGUCAACAGCCACGGUUACAACCACCUAGAAGUCUUCAAGAGGCUCUGCAACCCGCCCAACAGCCACGGUUAGAGCCGCCACGAAGCCCUGUUGGCACCGAUCUGGUUCUUGGACCAAAGAAAGAUAACGACGAUUUGGCCGUUAAGGACCUUUUAGGUUGCAUCUCAUCGGAACCGCAAAAGAGUAAAUUCGCGGAUCCAACGGACACCGACUCGUUCAAGAGACUACUAAAGGGUCUGAUGAAAAAAGCUUGGUGGCAGCCCGAAGCGGCUUCCACCAUUGCGACAACCGUAACACAAUGUAAAGUAGACCCAUCAAGGGGUUGCGUGUGGCUACUGUUUGCGGGUCCCGAUCGGGUUGGAAAGAAGAAGAUGGCGUCGGUUCUCGCUGAGCAUAUAAAUGGGACCAACCCGAUUACUUUCGAGCUUGGGUUGAGACGCGACGGUGAGGAAACCGAUAUGGGAUAUCGUGGAAGAACGGUUUUGGACCGUAUCGCUGAGGCUGUCCGUACGAACCCGUUUUCCGUAAUUGUACUUUCUGACAUUGAUGAAGCGGAUAUGUUGGUUCGCGGGAGAAUAAAACAGGCCAUGGAAAGAAGUCGGCUCACGGAUUCUCACGGACGUGAAGUUAGUCUCGGGAAAGUCGUUUUUGUACUAACCGGGAAUUGGUCAACCGCCAACAUCGACGAGCAUCAAGCCGAUGAACAACGGUUGCGCUCCAUGGCAAGUUGCGAUUGGCAGUUGAAGCUAACCGUCAGCGAGAAACGGUUAAAACGGAGAGCGAAUUGGUUAUCAGGAAAAGAUAAAUCGCGGAGACAAAGGAAAGAAUCCGGAUUAGAUUUGUCGCUCGAUCUUAACCUAGCGAUAGACUAUGACGAAGAUCGAACCGACGGCUCGAUAAACUCGAGCAAUCUAACGAUUGACCAAGAAGACGAGAACCAACAAUUUGCGGUCAUGUCGGUACCUCAUGACCUCAUGGGGCAUAUCGAUGGGACGGUCGUGUUCAAACCCGUCAAUUUUGGAAACAUUCGUCGCGAGAUUGAGAAAACCGUCACGAACGCGUUCGAGACUAUAGUUGACGAGAAAAUUACGAUUGAGGUGGAAGAGGGUGCGGUGGAGAAUAUAUUGGGCGGGUUAUGGUUCGGCCGAACCAGUUUAGAGGAGUGGGCUGAACAGGUACUGAUUCCGAGCUUGCACCAGGUUAACGCACGGUUACCCACUCGAGGCGAAGACAUGAUGGUUCGGCUCGAGUCGGAUCGUGAUAAUGUUCAAGUGGGUGGUGGUGGCAACAAUUGGUUACCGAGUAUAAUUUCGGUUGUGGUUGAUGCCUGAUGGAGGCUAAUUUUGGUACUCUUGAUUUUACAUGGACUAAAUAUGUAAAUAGACCAUGGUGGGGGGAGGUAUAGUGAAACUUGUAGAAAAGUGAGGGACGUUAAUAGAUGUAAUGGAAAUGACGGUCCUCAUAUUUCUUUUCUUUUAAUUGUCGUAUAAAUAUUACAAGUAAUUAUUACCAUUUACUGUUUGAGCAAUAAGAUUUACCAAAAGAUAUUCAUUUAUUUAA